AUGUGCAAAUCAUUUAUCGCAUCAUUAUUAUUAGCUCUCUUUUUCAUUUGGUCACUCACAGUUCUGGUUGCUCAAGGACAAAUCAUCACUAAUUGCGCGAUCGAUGGAACCGCUGCUAUCACCUUUGAUGAUGGCCCGUCUGAGGCACGUGGCAUAACAGCUACAUUCUUCGUUAAUGGUAAUAACCAAAAUUGUAUAUACGACUAUGCAGACGUCAUAUUACGUAUCUAUGAAGAUGGUCAUCAAAUUGGUUCUCACACUUGGUCUCAUUUGGAUCUGGCAUUGCUUGACAGAACCGAAAUCAUUUAUCAAAUGACUUCUCUUGAACAAGCCUUUAAAAAAAUUCUUGGGAUUGUUCCAAAAUAUUUUCGUCCUCCCUAUGGCUCAUAUAAUGAUGAAGUGAUCGACGUAGUUGAAAGUCUUGGAUACUCUAUUGUGCUUUGGAAUCAAGAUACUGGUGAUUCUAUGUCUAACUCUAUAGAAUACGGUUUAGAACAAUAUAGAUCUUCCGAUGGUCCUCCGUCAUCUCAUAUUAUGUUAAAUCAUGAUGUUUUCCAAACUACAUGCCGACAACUUGCUCCUCAGGGAAUUCAAAUUUAUUUGGAUAAAGGAUUAAAGCUUAUGAGUGUUGCAGAAUGGACCCAGAAAAUUUUGAAUUUAUUUAUAGGAUUUGAAAUUCUUAAAAAUCAAAAUUUUCCG